UUAGAUAUAAAUUCAUUAUAACCCACUACCAGCAGCGUGAUAUAUGCAUGAAUGUAUAUGAAAUCCGCAACCCAAAAACCAUAACCAGCAGACCAACUCUGGAAUUCAUUCAACUCUAGACUAGACCAGACAAGAGAAAGUGGCAUUUAAACAGUGUUUCGCACCAAAUGCAAAGCAACGUUACAAAACGUCGCGACACAGAAUGCAGCUAAGACCAUUUAGCAACUUCGUGAAACGACUUUGUGGGAGGGGCAACGCAGUGAGAGGAACGUGCAUCAUCUGGGGCAAAGGAUCAUUUCUGUCGAACCAAACGGUUAUAUUUGUUAUUUAGCAAGCUAGCAAAGGUUGUAAAAUAGCUAGCAAGCUGUAACAUACACUCCUCUGUAGUAGCUUGGACAAGAGUUGCACAAAUGACAGAGCUACGGCACCGCGGAAAGACGGAAAACGACCUACAACAUCAACAAUCCGAAGACAAGGGAUCUGAGAAUGAGGGGAAAGCGGAGAAGGAUGGGGCGUCUGACAGUGAGAGCAAGCCUGAUACAGGGCACCCGGGGGUGCCUGUCACUGCUGAUGAUACCCCCGAGGUCCUCAACAAAGCCCUGUCUGGACUGUCCUCCCGAUGGAAGAACUGGUGGGUGCGAGGGAUCCUGACUCUGGCCAUGAUCUCCUUCUUCUUCUUCAUCAUCUACCUGGGCCCCAUGGUGCUCAUGUUGAUUGUGCUGUGUGUGCAGAUCAAAUGCUUCCAAGAAAUUAUCCACAUCGGUUACAGUGUGUACCACUCCUACCACCUGCCCUGGUUCAGAACGUUGAGCUGGUACUUCCUACUGUGUGUGAACUAUUUCUUCUACGGAGAGACGGUGACAGACUACUUCUCUAAUCUGGUGCAGAGGGAGGAGCCGUUGCGCAUCCUUAGCAAAUACCACCGCCUCAUCUCCUUUGCCAUGUACCUCACUGGUUUCUGCAUGUUUGUGCUGAGCCUGGUGAAGAAACACUAUCGCCUGCAGUUCUACAUGUUUGGCUGGACUCACGUAACUCUGCUGAUCGUUGUGACCCAGUCCCACCUCAUCAUCCACAACCUGUUUGAGGGAAUGAUCUGGUUCAUCGUGCCCAUCUCCUGUGUGAUCUGCAAUGACAUCAUGGCCUACAUGUUUGGCUUCUUCUUUGGACGUACUCCACUCAUUAAGCUGUCUCCUAAGAAAACCUGGGAGGGCUUCAUUGGUGGAUUCUUUUCAACUGUUGUGUUUGGGAUCCUGUUGUCCUAUGUGAUGGCGGGAUACAGCUUCUUUGUGUGUCCGGUGGAGUUUAACAGCGACCAUAAUAGUUUCGAGGUGGACUGUGAACCCUCUGACCUGUUCCAGCUGCAGGACUAUGCCCUGCCUGCCGCCCUCGAGUCCCUCACUGGAUGGCCCACACUGCGCCUCUACCCAUUCCAGAUCCACAGCAUCUCCCUGUCUGCCUUUGCCUCCCUCAUGGGACCUUUCGGAGGCUUCUUUGCCAGCGGCUUUAAGAGGGCCUUCAAGAUCAAGGACUUUGCCAACACAAUUCCCGGUCACGGUGGCAUCAUGGACCGCUUCGACUGCCAGUACCUCAUGGCUACGUUCGUCAACGUCUACAUCGCCAGCUUCAUCAGGGGCCCUAACCCUGCCAAGGUGGUCCAGCAACUCCUAGCCCUGCGCCUGGACCAGCAGCUCCACAUCUUCAACUCCCUUAAGACCCACCUGACAGAGAGGGGUCUGCUGGAGGAGGAAGCCUAGUGCCCCCACGGUCAGGCCCAGGGCUGGGUCACCCUACUGGGGCCAGGGGGGCCGCCCCCUGGCACCAGAAAGCCCUGGAGGUGUGGCGCUUGUGGGAGAAUAACUCCAGCCUUUGGGUCAUUCCAUUUUGUGUGUGUACAUUAUGACAGUGUGUCAGCUGUUUUCCUCCAGUGUUUCAGGUUGUCUGUGAGUUACUGUACCUGUUUAUUUAGUUAUGUCAGCCAUAUUAUCUACAACAGAGUGAUGCCACUUUGUGUACCACAAUGAGGUCAAAUGUACAUUUCCACAUGUAUACAGGAUAUUCUAUACCUUUAGUGUGUGUGAAUAUUUCUUGAUACAUAUAUACUUUUUGUGUUUUAAUGCACUGCUCAACAUACUCACACUGUAUUGUCCUCAUCCUGUCACCAUGCCUGUUUUAUUUGCUUCAUUCAUUGUAAUAAUUGUUUGUAUUUAUAGUAUUGGUGGUUGAGUUUUUACAUUGGCAUCUUCCAUUAAAUCUGUGUUUUGUCUAUGUGCAUUUUACCCCGCAGAGAUUCACUCUGCUAUUGGCACAUGUCAUGCUGCAUAUGUGUGUUUCUCUCUGGUUCCCAAAUGGCACUCUCUAUUCCCUAUACACUACUUUUGAGCAGAGCCCUAUUGGCCCCCCUGGUCAAAAGUAGUGCACUAUAAAGGGUGUCAUUGUAGCCACUCAUGCUUCACCUGCAGUUUUGUUCACACCCAGCCAAAUGGUGUAUGUGGUGUCAUGUGGGGGUAGAACCAUUAGAGGAAGUGGACUGUCUAAAUUAGGAACAAAACACCACUAGGGAUUUGACCGGAUUACUGAGUAUGUCAUUAGUGUUACGGAAUGGAGGUCAAGCGUCAAACUGUUUCCUGCACAGCAAUGGAUGGAAUACACGUUGUAAAAUGACAAGGGAAUAGUAUAGGAAGACUAGUCGGUAUUUCACAAUAUAGUUGAUUGCCAUUUCUGAUAGUUUACUACACAGUUGUCUGCCUUAAUGUAAGACGUUUUGUAUAAAACGAUUCUCCUUUUGGUGCGGGACUGAUAUGUUGGGGUUUUAGCGAUGGUUAUUUAUUUACCAAUCAAGUUCCGUUAUCAGAGAUCAGUUCAUGGUGGAUGACAGCCACCAGAGGUGUUUUGAACUAAAAUAUAAGUGUAACAAUUUCAAAGAUUUUACUGAGUUACAGUUCAUAGAAGGAAAUCAGUCAGUUUAAAUACAUUCAUUAGGCCAUAGUCUAUGUGUUCCGCAUGAUUGGGGUUGGGUCGCAGCCAUGGGAAGGCAUACUGUAGGACCCACCCACUGGGGAUCCAGAGCCAGGCCUAGCCAAUCAGAAUGUGUUUUUCCACACAAAGACGAUCCCACAGGUGGAGGUCCUGGGCUGGCGAGGUUACACGUGGUCUGUGGUUGUGAGGCCGGUUGGAUGUACUGCCAAAUGAUCUAAAGCGAUGUUGGAGGUGGCUUAUGGUACAGAAAUGAACCGUCAAUUCUCUGCCAACUGCUCUGUUGGACAUUCCUGCAGUCAGCAUGCCAAUUGCACACUCCUUCAAAACUUGAGACAUCUGUGGCAUUGUGUUGUUUGACAAAACAUUUUAGUGGCCUUUUAUUGUCCCCAGUAUAAGGUGCACCUGUGUAAUGAUCAGGCUGUUUAAUCAGCUUCUUGAUAUCCCACACCUGUCAGGUGGAUAAAUGAUCACUAACAGGGAUGUGAACACAUUUGUGCACAAAGUUUGAGAGAAAUAAGCUUUUUGUGUGUAUGGAACAUGUCUGAUCUUUUAUUUCAGCUCAUGAAAAAUGGGACCAACACUUUACAUAUUGCGUUUUUGUUCAGUGUAUAUAUACUGUGUCUCUUUCUCUCUAUGUGCUCCAUGUAUUUCUGGCUCCGAUGGCCACUGUUGAGGUUCUCAUAGGAAUGAGUGUGAUGGGACACCGUCCAUGUUUUACAUUAGCUUCUGUAAUUGAAGAAUAGUUACAAAUGACCACCAUACUUAAAAAAGAAAUUGUUUUAAUCUUCUAAGAGGCAGACACACGUGUUUUCAGCUGUUAUAGAGUGUUGUAUAGGAAGUGCCAGGAUGGUGGAGUGAAUGGAUCAUGCUGUGUACAGUUUCCGAAGCUAUGGGACAGUAAUGGAGUCACAUAAUCACUCUGCUAGCAUUUCAUGCUAACGAUUUUUGCACUGCCAAGUCUGCUCCCUCUCAGACCACACUACCAUAGCCUGAUAGUACAGACACUGGCAGUGUGUCCCAAAUGGCAGCCUAUUCCCUUAAUACUGUACUGCUUUUGACCAGAGCACUAUGGGCCCUGGUCAAAAGUAGUGCACUAUAAAGGGAAUAGGGUGCCAUUUGGGGUGCGCACACAGGCUCACAGAUAGUGCUCAUGGUUACACACCCCUCCCGUGGGUCGAGAACAGUAGUAACACCUAUUUCAUAUCAAUCUCACCAGGUGAACUAAGAAUAGAUUUUGUAAAGCUACAGAUGCUGUUGAUGUAUUUCCUCCUUGAUGCCAUUGUGAGAUCAUCACCGAGGGACUUUUGUGGUCACAUCAACAUAAAUGGUUAAACUCUUCUCCUUGGUUGUACCCGGUGUCAAGUGUUCAUUUACAAGGACCAGUCUAUAGACCAAUCUGAGUGUGACAUGACAUGAAUGGUGUUAGUGGGGAAACCAGGGCCUGUAUUCUUUAAAGCUACAAUAUGUAACUUUUUGGGCGACCCAACCAUAUUCACAUCGAAAUGUGAGUUAUAGGUCUGUAAUUCUCGUUGAAAGUAAGUCUAAGAAGCGGUAGAUAUGUUCUAUCUAAGCUAUUUCUAGCCUUUAAGAUCAUAGUGGAUAACAUUAUAUGAACAUCGAGGACAAGAUCCUAGAUCAGCACUCCGACUCUGAGAUGCUUUACGAAUACGGCCCGAGGCUCAUCUAUAUGAAUAUUAGGGGUUGAUGUGUUUGAUUAAAUAGAUGGGUGUGUUGCAGGCUGUGAUUGACCCACAUACAGAUUACCUUUCACUCUGACUGAUCACAUAGGGCCCAAUGCUGACUUACUGUAUAAUCGGUCGAUCAUUAAUUGAUUCCAUAUGUGUACAGUAACUCGGGAUUGGGCCCAUGUUGUAGACUGACACAUUAUUUUUGGGUAGCCUAGGUCGAAUUUUGUCAAGCCAAGCCUCAUGCAUCUUGAACUUGAACAAUCACUAGCUACAAAGAUAUUGAAAAGGUACCUCCGUUUCUGUCAGUAAAAUGUUUUAUGUAGUAUUGAGUCAUAAGUAGCACAUUUUAUUCCGUGAAUGUAACAGGAAAGCAAUAUCAAGUAUAAAUGUAGGCUGUGAAAUGUCCGUGUAGUAUCCUAUACUUACAGGAAGGAGGGAUAAUAGGGAAUCCGGUGACUAAAAGGCCAUAGAGGUAUGUUUCGGAUUGGGCAAUCGUCUGCAUUACUCUACACCUCCGCUGCCAUUAUGUCUCUGUGCUUCACAUCCUCACCUUCCAUCCCAUCUGUCUACACUGAUAUGGAACGCCGCUCGACAGAGGGAGACCUCUAUACACUCCAAAAACCAUGCAGCUCUACUCCUAGAAAUGCCUACUUUAAACAUGCUAUAUGUUAUAUGGUUUUUUUCCUAUACAUUUUUGUGAUAAUUAUUUGAUGUUAUGUCAGUCUUCUCUACCUUUCCUGUUAUUGUUAUUCUGUGAAUUGUAUACUGUAGUGUACUGGUAUUAAACUUACCUUUGUUUUUCUAUAUUAUUAUUAUUAUAUCAUCCAAAUCCAGCUGUUUAUAAAUUAUAUUAUCUAUAUUCUUCUGUUUUGUACAUUUACAUAACUCGCACAUUUAGCUAAUGUUCAGAGAAAUAUUCAGGUAAUAUAGGACUAGAGGAGAGACUUUGUUCAAAUACGCAUGUCGCUAUUUUCUCUCGUAUUGCUGUGGUAUCUGGUGCAUUAGCUAGUCUUGUAUUUUCUGAUAUUGUCUGUUGUCUGUCUAUAGAAGCUCUUACUGAGUAUGUGUUAUCUGCGUGAUGCGCUCAAGAGAGGGAACCUAUUGCGAUGUCUCAUGAUGUGUAGUUAAGGGAGAUAUUAAUAGAAGUAAAGUCGGAAGCCAACCAGUGAGAAGGGGGUCCAUUUCCCUUGGACUUCAUUGGUGGUACAAACAGUACUGGGCCAGUACCAUGUCUGUAUUACAGAUAGCUGCCACUAGAGUGAGCUAAAGGCUAAACUAGCUUUUCCUAAUUGAGAGUCCUCCUUGAUCUAUUUUUUGAGCCUCUGCCAGUAUUGCACUUAAAAGCAGCAAGGUUAUUAUUCCAUCUACAUCAGCUGUUCGAUGCAUUCCAUCUCCUGAAGGUUGAAAGGAAACUACUUAUAGGGGGAAAUGGGCAUCAUUAUUUCUCCUUAGCGACUUGCUCUUACAUAAAUGAGAAUUUCCCUCAGCAAUAGGUUAAUCAUAAUAUUGAGCAUACCUAUUUUCUGCAGCUCAUGUAAUUGGCUAUCAUUGUGCAAUUCCCUAUCACACAGUUCUGUUUUAGUAGUGUAUGACUCUUACCAAGCUAGCCAGGACAUUAUGGAAUGUAUGGAUACAGUUGAAGUCGGAAGUUUACAUACACCUCAGGCAAAUACAUUUAAACUCAGUUUUUCACAAUUCCUGACAUGUAAUCCUAGUAAAAAUUCCCUGUUUUAGGUCAGCUAGGAUCACCACUUUAUUUUAAGAAUGUGAAAUGUCAGAAUAAUAGUAGAGUGAAUUAUUUAUUUCAUCACAUUCCCAGUUGGUCAGAAGUUUACAUACACUCAAUUAGUAUUUGGUAGCAUUGCCUUUAAAUUGUUUAAUUUGAGUCAAACAUUUCAGGUAGCCUUCCACAAGCUUCCCACAAUAAGUUGGGUGAAUUUUGGCCCAUUCCUCCUGACAGAGCUGGUGUAACUGAGUCAGGUUUGUAGGCCUCCUUGCUCGCACACGCACAGUUCUGCCCACACAUUUUCUAUGGGAUUGAGGUCAGGGCUUUAUGAUGGCCACUCCAAUACCUUGACUUUGCUGUCCUUAAGCCAUUUUGCCACAACUUUGGAAGUAUGCUUGGGUUCAUUGCCCAUUUGGAAGACCCAUUUGCAACCAAGCUUUAACUUCCUGACUGAUGUCUUGAGAUGUUGCUUCAAUAUAUCCACAUAAUUUUCCUCCCUCAUGAAGCCAUCUAUUUUGUGAAGUGCCUCCUGCAGCAAAGCACCCCCACAACAUGAUGCUGCCACCCCCGUGCUUCACGUUUUGGAUGGUGUUCUUCGGCUUGCAAGCCUCCCCCUUUUUCCUCCAAACAUAACGAUGGUCAUUAUGGCCAAACAGUUCUAUUUUUGUUUCAUCAGACCAGAGGACAUUUCUCCAAAAAGCAUGAUCUUUGUCCCCAUGUGCAGUUGCAAACCGUAGUCUGGCUUUUUUAUGGUGGUUUUGGAGCAGUGGCUUCUUCCUUGCUGAGCGGCCUUUCAGGUUAUGUCGAUAUAGGACUUUUACUGUGGAUAUAAUAUUUUUGUACCUGUUUCCUCCAGCAUCUUCACAAGGUCAUUUGCUGUUGUUCUGGGAUUUAUUUGCACUUUUCGCACCAAAGUACGUUCAUCUCUAGGAGACAGAACGCGUCUCCUUCCUGAGUGGCAUGACGGCUGCGUGGUCUCGUGGUGUUUAUACUUGCGUACUAUUGUUUGUACAGAUGAAGGUGGCACCUUCAGACAUUUGGAAAUUGCUCCCAAGAAUGAACCAGACUUUGUUUUUUCUGAGGUCCUGGCUGAUUUCUUUUGAUUUUCCCAUGAUGUCAAGCAAAAAGUUUGAAGGUAGGCCUUGAAAUACAUCCACAGGUACACCUCCAAUUGACUCAAAUGAUGUCAAUUCGCCUAUCAGAAGCUUCUAAAGCCAUGACAUCAUUUUCUGGAAUUUUCCAAGCUGUUUAAAGGCACAGUCAACUUAGUGUAUGUAAACUUCUGACCCACUGGAAUUGUGAUACAGUGAAUUAUAAGUGAAAUAAUCUGUCUGUAAAUAAUUAUUGGAAAAAUGACUUGUGUCAUGCACAAAGUAGAUGUCCUAACUGACUUGCCAAAACUAUAGUUUGUUAACAAGACAUUUGUGGAGUGGUUGAAGAACGAGUUUUAAUGACUCCAACCUAAGUGUAUGUAAACUUCGUACUUCAACUGUACCUGCUAUAUUUUGCUGUUCACACGUCGCAUAUACCCCUCCUGUGGGUAUUGUUUCGCUUUUAGAUAUUGAUAUUUUAUGAUUAUGUUAUUAUUGUGCAAUGAUUUGUGUUAAAUUGUAUUUGAUGUAGGAAAUCGUUUGAAGUUGUACAUUCUUGAUAAUGCCAGAAAAUGUGCUUUGCCUUUCAGUAAAUACCCUGUUCAUGUUA